AAGCUACUUCGAUCGUCACAUGGACCUUAAUUGUUCAUACCGAUGCAGCAGUAAUUUAGUCUUGUCUUUACCUUCGUUCAGCAUCAUGAUGUUCUUGCGUCUAAAAAGUAGGCUGUCGCCCUAUCUAAUCAAUAAACGACAUCUGGUAUUAGUGAUCGUGGUUGCUGUUGUGUUAGGUUACAGUUUCAUUAUCUUGAUCUUGAAUGAGAGAAAAUUUAUUAAAAACAUUACGGAUACGUCAGAGGAAAAUAAACGAGAAACAUUUGUGUCAGGACCUCAGCAUGCGGAGGAACCGGCGACUACAAUUAUAGAGGAUAUUCUAUUGUCCAGCUCAAAGCCUCCGCCAGGAAAAACAAUUUUUUUUAUUGAGAGUAGUUGCUACCGUUCAGAAUCCGAGUACAAUAUGAGUAGCAUUAAAGCGCAUCAGGCUUGUCCCAUCGAAUCUGCCGCUUUACAUAAUCCAAAUUUCCAAGUAUUUCUUCUGUUUGCCUGCCCCACCCACCGUAACAAAUCGAUGCCCAUCAUUGAUGCCCUUCUAAGCUACAAAAAUGUGCACUUUCGGUCGCUAAAUCUGGAUCGCUAUGCCCAGGGUACGCCCAUCGCGGAUUGGCUUAAGAAAGGCGAUCUAUUUAAGUCAAGAUAUCUGAUGUUUCACCUUUCCGACCUACUCCGAUUAUUAACGUUAUAUCGCUUUGGCGGCGUCUACCUGGACAUGGACGUCCUGCAGCUUCAGAGCUUGGAGGAUGAGCCACUUAACUAUGCAGGCGCCGAGAGAGCAGAUAGCAUUGGCAACAGUGUUAUAAGUUUGGAGCCCAACGGAUUUGGCCAUCAGCUUGGCGAAUUAUUUCUGCAGGACUUUCAUGUUAAUUAUAAUGGUGAUGCGUGGGCCCACAAUGGACCCAUGGGUUUGGUGCGCGUAAUGUCAGAGAUUUGUGGUACGAAUAAUGUAACCCUCAUGGUGAAUAAUCGGCAACGCUGUCAGGGCUUUAAGGUGUUCGAUGUUAACGCAUUUUACGAGGUGCCAUGGCCGCAGUGGCCACUGUUUUUCAAUGCAGAGAGCUCGAAUGAAACGCUGGCCCGCACCAAGAACUCGCGAAUGGUGCAUAUAUGGAAUCACAUAGUCACGAAAUGGCCUCUUAAGACUGAUUCAAAAUCCCCCUAUAUGCAUUGGGCGGCACAACAUUGUCCAAGGGUCGUUGCGGCCACGGGCGAAUUAUUCUAUUAGGCGGAUAAGUCAUAGGAAAAAAUUCACUCUUGUUCAUAAAUAUUUUAAUCUAGAAUGCAGCUGCAACUGUAGGUAGCUUAAAGUUUAUUAUCUUUCUAUAACAACUUAAAUUAUUGUAAAAUUUGCUGUCAGUUAAUCGUCUUAUAAAGAAAGCGAAAAAACGUAAAUAAAAGAGCGUUGCACAGCGUGUAAACGGCAUAUAACAGCGUA